AUGUUGAACAAGACCCCCCCGGGCCGUGAGCGUGAGAGUGAGGCCGAUCGUGCCCAUCGUUUCAAUAAGAAGAAAUACACUUCUCGGGUAUUCACAAAUGUGAACAAGUACGUCAUGGACGACAAAUUCAAGGUGAUACACUGCAAGAAGUGCACGGUCAACGCAGUUAUCACGGAUGCGGAGCUAGAAAAACUCCCACGCAGGAGGACGGAUAAUGCACCGGUGCUUUGCACCGACCAGGCGACGGUUAAGGUGUUUACCAAGCCUGUAGAAGAGCCCGCAAAAAUCAGAAGGCUCAAGGGUAUCGAGACACAGUACUACCACGCGUGCCAGGAGUGCGGCCAGCAUGUGUUGUAUCAGUCGGUGCCACACGGGAUGGAGGCAAAGAUGCUCUAUUUGAUUGAAGCGAACGUCAUUCUUCCCAAAACCAAGUGGCAACCCAAGAAGCGUUGUAGAGUUUGUGGCUACAUUCCCAGGGACGACCAGCACUUUGAGGAGCACCUUAGAGACAGAGGACACUGGGACCAGUCGGGAGGCAACUUCCCGGGGGAAGAGGAAAAGAAUGACACGCCUGUGAACCCGAUCAUCGUCGGUUAA